UCGUUGAGCGAACACAAAAUUCAGCUGUAUAGGUCCGUACGCGUGUUUUGUAUUAAAUUCGUCUAUUAUAAAGUCGAAAUGAGUGUGUCGGAGCGCCCUAACCUCGGCGCUAGUCGCGUUCUGUGCAUCACGUAACGUCGGGCAUGGUGAGGAGCGCGAUGGUGCUGAGUACUGAGUGGGCACAGGUUGAAGUUGUAGAGCUCACUAAUGACGGGAACGGACUGGGCUUCAACCUAGUAGGCGGGCGGAGUACUGGCGUUGUAAUCAAGUACGUGUUGCCGGGUGGAACGGCGGACAAGGACGGACGGCUACAGAGCGGCGACCACGUCCUGCAGAUCGGGUCGGUGAACUUACGAGGAUUCACGUCUGAGCAGGUGGCGGCCGUGCUGCGGCAGGCCGGGCCCGCUGUCAGGUUGCUGGUGGCGCGUCCCGCCGACCCCGCCGCCACGCUACGCGCCCCCAUACCUGGUACAGCUCUCGUGCCCACCAAGAUCCUCGCUGACCCUGAACUCCUCGACAGACAUCUAAUUGAGAGUGGAUAUGGUGCUGUAUAUGAUAUAUCUCAGUGUUACACUGAAUACAUUAAUGGGGAGAAUGGUGAUGCUGAAAAUGUUGUAGCCGCAGCUGUGAGUGUGGUCGGAGACAACCCUCAACAGAUACCUGAGUAUCCAAUUGUUGCACCUGCAGUGUCGCCAACUAUUACCAUAACAGUACCGGUGGAGUUGCCACCACUGCCCGAGGUGGAAAUAGUUAAUGUAAAUUUGAAUAAGAAUGUCUAUGGCCUUGGUAUAACAGUUGCUGGUUAUGUUUGUGAGAAAGAGGAAUUGUCUGGAAUAUUUGUUAAGAGUAUUAUUGAAGGUAGCAGCGCUGAACAGAGCGGUAAGAUUAGAAUAAACGACAGGAUAAUAGAGGUGGAUGGUGUAUCAUUAGCUGAGAAGAGCAACCCUCAGGCUGUGGAGAUCCUAAGAAAUACAGGCAUAUCAGUUCAUUUAGUGUUAGAAAGAUACCUACGAGGACCUAAGUAUGAACAUCUCCAAUUAGCUAUAUUCAAUGAGGAGAAACCUGCAUCUCCAACAUCAUCUACCACAACUCUCUCCUGGUUCCCAGUGCCUUCCCAAGCUGAUAACAGUGUUACUGAAAUAGAACCUGAAGCUGAAUCCAAUACUACAAUAGACUCUAGUGUGUUAGAAGUUGGAGAUGGAGAAGUGGAUGAGCCCACUCAAGAGGAAUUAGACAGGAGAUUUGAUGAAAUUUUAGCUGUAACAGAAGAAGAAGUAACAAAGAAGUGGGAAAGUGAAAUUGGAACAGAGAAGCAAAUAAUCAUUGCUGAGGUGCAUAAGCUAGAAGGGCUUGGCAUUAGUUUAGAGGGUACAGUUGAUGUAGAAGGUGGUCAAGAGGUGAGACCUCAUCAUUACAUUCGGUCUGUGCUUCCAGAGGGCCCUGUAGGUCAACAAGGCACAUUUACUGCUGGGGAUGAAUUAUUAGAAGCGAAUGAGUAUCGGUUGCAUGGGCUUACUCAUACAGAGGUGGUGAAUAUUCUAAAGCAUCUUCCAAAUCGUGUGAGACUAGUUUGUGCUCGGAGCAGCACAGAAAGUGGUCCUCGACCGCUAAUUAACCUAGCACCAGAUAGAGAAGGAUUUGAAGCUAGAAAAAUCAUAUCUGGCAGCCUGAACAACUUGACUACACUUGUCAAAGCCCAAUCGGACACUUCUAUUAACACCUCUAGUACAGCUACAUUAACAAACCACUCUGGUCACUCAAGGAAAUCACGUUCUCUUGAAUGUGUAUCAGGUCUAGCCAUGUGGCAAAGUAGAGAAGAUAUUGUACAGCUUAUCAAAGCUGAUCAGGGUCUCGGUUUCUCCAUAUUGGACUACCAGGAUCCUAUUGACCCACAGGGGACAGUAAUUGUCGUGCGAAGCUUAGUGCCUGGAGGAGUUGCUGAGAAAAAUGGUGAUAUCUCCCCAGGAGAUAGAGUGAUGUCUGUUAAUGGAGUUAGUAUUAAGAAUGCCACAUUAGAUCAAGCUGUGCAGGCACUAAAGGGUGCACCAAGAGGGGUAGUAAGGGUGGGAAUAGCUAGACCUCUUCCACCACACGACUCUAAGUCAAAAAGUACCACCACACUGAACACUAAGCCGAGUUAAUCUUAACUUGUUGUGAUUUCAACUGUACUAGUCAAGUUUAAAGUCAUAUCCUACGCUUACCUGAGCUUAAGGUACAGCACAUAUCCGAGUGUUCAGAACACUCCAUCACAUGCAAUGUGUCACAACCCUUACAUUCAUACAAAUGCAUUUUAAAAUGCCUUCUAACGCAUAUAUGAAUGUAUUUUGUCAGUACUGCUAAACGUGUAUUUUUAAAUGCAUUAAAACAAUAUAUUUUUCAAAUGCACGUUUCAUAGAUACCAUAAUACGGAUUGCUCAUUAGUUAGUACAUUUUGAAGUGCAUUUAGUGAAUGUUAAAUUAAGCUCAUUAUAAACAUAUUUCAGGACAGAGCUCAAAUUCUAUGAUACAAUAAUAAUUUACGCUUUACUAGGUAGAUAAUAUUAUAUACCUACUCUCGUAUGUAAGACACAAGCCCUUUUAUACUGCACAUUCUUUAUAACACCGUACAUGUUAUUUUCUCUUUAUUAGAUCUCUUUUUUAAUAUGGCAACCCCAAGAAUUAUGUAUUGUAUUGAAUCUAAUAAUUAUGUAGUUUUAAAAUUGGAAUUAUGUUUUAUGAAAA